UGAUGGGCCUGCGCUAACUAGCCAGCCCAACUCUUGGUGGGCUCGCCCAACUGCAAGCCGAACUGGGAGUGCGUGCGCCGCGGCGGCGGCGGCUGGUAAGCCCCAGCUCCGCCUCCGCCCGACAUCCUCUCCUCCUCCGCCUCUCAUGGUGAUUCGGAGUUGCUCUUCUUGUCUCUGUGGAUUCCUGGUUUCCAGAGCGGCGUGGAGGAGGCACUACCCCCUCUUGGCUCUCAGGCCUCCCGUGCCGCCGCCCACCCGCUUCUUCUCCUCCUCCUCAUCCUCCCGCCGCCGCUCCACCAAGGGAUCCGCCGCUAUGGACUCCACUGCCGGGGAGCCCUUCUACGUCGUCCGCAAGGGGGACGUCAUCGGCAUCUACAAGACCCUCAGCGAAUGCCAAGCUCAAGUCAGCAAUUCGGUAUGCGACCCUUCUGUCACUGUCUUCAAAGGCUACUCUCUGCGUAAAGACACCGAGGAAUAUCUCGCUGCGCGCGGGUUAAGGAACGCUCUCUACUCCAUUGACGCAGCAGACGCCAGAGAUGAAUUGUUCGGCGAUCUUGUUCCAUGCCCUUUCCAGCAACCUGAUGGAACUGCAUCAUCUACUUUGAAAAGGUCACAGGAGAUUGAAACUGGACCAUCAAAGAAGCAUCCCAAAGUUGCUGAGCAGGAACCACUACCUGAUAGUCAUCUCUCUUGUAUUCUUGAAUUUGAUGGUGCUUCUAAAGGAAAUCCUGGGAAAGCCGGUGCUGGAGCAAUAAUAAGGCGCUUAGAUGGAUCUGUGAUUGCUCAACUACGCGAGGGUUUGGGUAUUGCAACAAACAACGCUGCUGAAUAUCGUGCAUUGAUCCUGGGGCUGAAAUAUGCUGCCAAGAAGGGAUUCAAGUAUAUCCGUGCUCAAGGUGAUUCCAAGCUUGUCUGCAACCAGGUCCAAGAUCUGUGGCGUGCUAGGAAUGAUAAUAUGGCUGACUUGUGCAAAAAAGUUAAGGAGCUAAAGGGAAUGUUUCUUACAUUUCAAAUCAGCCAUGUUUUGAGGGAAUUUAAUUCGGCUGCUGAUGCUCAAGCUAACUUUGCAGUCGAACUUCCUGUUGGUGAAGUUCAAGAGCAGUCAAACUUUCCAUGCUAGUGGUUUGUGCAUUGCUCGGUUGCUGGGACUGAAGCUAUGUCGCAUUUGUUCAGUUCCCAUUGACAGAAAAAGAAAAAGAACUUCAGUUCAGUGUAGAGCAGUUGGAGUGAAAUCUACAGUGGACCCGCAGGAUGACAUGCUGAGUUGAGAUGAUGAGAUACGAAGUAGUACAUUCAUAUGAAAUCAUCUGUAAUUUUUUGGAUAGUGUAGAAGUUGAAUUGUUUGGGACUGCCGUUUGCGGACUUGCUGAUAAUCUAUGCCCUAUGUACGAUUGUUUGCAUUUGGUAUAGUGUUUACUAGCAAAAUGUAGAGAGACCUGAGAACGGCAGAGACGAUACAAUUUGUCUGGUGUUUGUUAUUGUUGGUUGGUAAUAACUCGUUUGGCAGAUGCAGAUGCGA